AUGCGGCCAACCAACGUCCUCGCUCGCGCGGCCGUCGACGUCUGGAAGGCGACGCUCGCGCCCCAGCGCGUGGCUGCGUGGCAGGCGCACGACGCGUCGCUCCACCGCUUCCUUCGCGCGUCGAUCCCCGAGGCCCUCGAGCACACGGGCGAGGCCGCGUUCGACGAGCAUCUCGUGGGCGUGCAAACCGUCUUGCGCGUCUUUGGAGCGGACGACGAUGUGUGCGAUGCCGGCCUCUUCCACUCGAUCUACGGCACCGAGGGCUUCCAGGGCUACAAGCUCCCGAUGGCCAAGCGGCCAGAGAUCCGCCGGCUCCUUGGCCCUCGCGCCGAGCGCCUUGUGUGGAUGUUUUGCGUGCUUGAUCGCGCGGCCUUUGAUAAGACGCUGUUUGCGAGCAGCACGCCCACCGCGUUGGUCGCGCGCCCCGAGCUCGGUCGGUUCGACAUCCCGCUCGCGUCGACGGCCGAGUACCACGACCUCAUGGAGCUUGUGCUGGCCGACUGGAUGGACCAAGUCGAGGGCGCUGCCGCGCGGGCCAACCCUCUUUUCGAGCGAUGGGAGAGCACCUCGCGGCUUUGCGCGGGACCCGGGGCGCGACGAUCCAAGACGUUGUGCGCAGCAUUUACGAGCGAGAGCCGGCGUCGACGCGCCACUUGGUGCAAGCCGUGA